CGACGCCGGCCACGCUCGCCUCGCCGGAGGCGUCAACUCCCCGCCCUCGCCCUCGACCUCGACCUCGACCUCGACCUCGAGGCAGUCCCUGGACAGGGUAUCGACGCCGUAGCUUCGUGUUGCGGUCUCCGGCGCGCUCGUCGCCGAGCGAGUCCUCGCAACCGCUCGCCGGCGUCUUCGAGUAAAUCUUUCUGUACAAGCAACUCAGUACUGAAGAUUGGUCCAUCCACUCCGUUUGUUGCUAAUGGAGUCGGAUUACCCGGUUUCGAAGAAAACAAGAUUGGACGAUGCAAUGGAUUCUGAAAUGGAGGAAGUGCCUUCCAGUGCAUCGGGUGUGAAUCCGAAUCUGCAUUGGACCCAGUGGCAAAUACUGGACUCCAUCCUCCCCACCGGCGGUUUCGCGCACUCCUACGGCCUUGAAGCCACUAUGCAAUCUCGCAUAGUGAACAACCAGGAAGACUUAAGGUCAUUUGUCAUCCAGGUCAUGGAGAACACUGGCAGCCUCCUGCUUCCCUUCGUGUACUGUGCUAGCAAGUCCCCUGAUGCUGCAACAUGGGUCAAGCUGGAUCAGUUGCUGGAAGCUACAUUGACGAACGAAGUUGGCAGGAAGGCAUCGACGUCGCAAGGCUCAGCUUUGCUGAGAGUGGCUGCAUCUGUCUUCACUGAGAUCCAAGCGCUGCAGGAUCUGAGGCAGGCAUUUCUCGGCUCCAAAACAGUGUCAUUUCACCAUGCGCCUAUUUUUGGGCUAAUAUGUGGACUGGUUGGAUUCGAUGGCGAGACGGCGCAACGCGCUUACAUGUUUGUGACAAUGAGGGAUGUGAUCUCUGCCGCAACGAGGCUCAAUUUGAUUGGGCCGUUGGCUGCUUCGGUGCUGCAGCACCAGAUUGCACCAGAUGCUGAAAGGAUGGUGCAGAAGUGGAGGGACCGUGAUGUCGCAGACGCAUCACAGACUGCCCCUCUGCUUGAUGCAUUGCAGGGCUGCCAUGCUUACAUGUUCUCCAGGCUGUUUUGCUCCUGACAAUGAGGUUGCUGAAUGCAAUUUGUUGUAAUUCUAUCCGCAGUAUUACCUUGGAGGAAGUAAAGUGCCACUGCCUUUUGUUAAACAAAAAUAACACCAGGUGAUUACAAGCAUCUCAGGGACAGAUUCCUCAUGCUGAAUCUUAUUUUAUUUUCAAGCAAACUUGUACAACAACGAUGCCAACAAUGCAUCAUCGAUAUUCAACAAUUAUACCCAAUCAUAGCAUGUCUGUCUUCAUAUUCAACAAUUGUAACAUCAGUAUUUGCAUGUCACAUGUUUCAAAGCACAUCCGUUUCAUUUGCCCCAUAAUACAAAGUACUACAUCUAUUGCUCUUGCUCCAGCUUCUAUCCUAGGAUUGCUGAACUGCAGCAGCUUGCUUGGCUUCUAGGGACUUUUCAUAGUCCUCAAUUGACUUGAACAGCUCGGAAAAGUUGCCCUUGCCAAACCCGCCACAGCCGCCUUUCUGGUAGUCUUGCCCAUUCUCAUCCUUCUCCAUGCACCCGAUCCUUUGGAUUAUCUCCAAGAACAACGUUGGCCUGAAUGAAAUAGCUGAUCCAAUUAGACCCAUUGAUGAUACAGACGAAGAGCAUUUCCCAGUGGGCAAUAGACUUGCUGAUUUAUGCCCAUGGAGUUGGGAAAGGGCAUUUCUUUCUCUCUUUUUAAAACAUUGAUCUGGAUCUAGACAUCAAAGUUCAAGUGCAAAUUACCAACGAUGAUAAGCUAACUAUCUUUUACUAAUUUACUAAUUAGUGGUUCCUUUUGGUGCCUCCACGUUAAUCCUAAGAAAAUCUUAAAAAUUCUCAUAAAAAAGCAAAACAUCCGACCGUCGAAUUAAUUGAUUGACUAACUGUAACUAUGGAUCAACUACCAGACGAAACAACAUAGAAGAUUAAAAAAUAAAUCAUAGAGUUCAGUCCCAAAAAUACUUCUUCCCUUGCCUUUCCUUCUCUUUUUUUUUAACAUAUCAUUUGUCCAACAAGGUUACGUUAGCAAACUCUAACUUAGUUACGUUAGUAAUCAACACACUUUUCCAAAUCAAUUAUAAUCAAACAUUACAAAAUUAAAACAACAGAACGCAAACAUAUUACGGAUUAU